GUUGGGGAGAUCCAGCAGGACUGGGUGACCCCUGUCAUGCUGGGGAUCAGGGGACGGCAGAGUCAAGCCUGACUUCUUAGGACAAGUGAGGACAGUUACUACGCACGUGUCAUAGAUGAACAAAGCUCCACAUUCAUUGGGAAAUACAGGCACAGGAUUGAAAGCCACCACUAGCCAAGACGGUCAGUAGAAAUACAAAGGAGGAACCCGUGGACUAAGGAAUUGCAAUUAGAGUCUCGUUAAGGAAUUAAUUUAGGACAAAGACAUAAGGAUGAGACGCGGUCCCUUAGUAAACUUUAGAUUUUCCACUCAUGGGAGGCCCAUGUUCCCUCAGUGGGCUUUCCAAGGCACCACGUGGCGUUUUUACAUUUGCUUUUAACAAUAAUUAAAAGAAGCUGAGCGUGUUCCAGGAUAAAGGGCGCACACGUGCGUGAAGAGGAGUAAUCUCCAGGCCUCUGACCCCCAUCAUUAGCGGGGUGGGGCUGUAGCCAGGCCCUAGUUUGUACCCUGUAGAGUUUUGACUAAAGAAACCCCUUUUCUGAAGUGUUUGCGCUUCUCCUUGUGACUGGUCCCUUGGUUUCUUUGCCGUGUGGGAUGGUCUGACUGGUUGGACAGUGAUUUCCGCUGUGGGGUUUGCUAACUCCAGGUGCUUACUGUGUGCUGGGUGUUCCCUCCUUCACUGCAGAUGGUCCCCAUCCCUGCCGGCGUGUUUACAAUGGGCACGGAUGACCCUCAGAUCAAGCAGGACGGGGAGGCGCCUGCCAGGAGGGUCACCUUGGAUGCCUUUUACAUGGACGCCUAUGAAGUCAGUAACUCGGACUUUGAGAGGUUCGUGAACGCCACCGGCUACGUGACCGAGGCUGAGAAGUUCGGUGACUCCUUUGUCUUUGAGGGCAUGCUGAGUGAGCAGGUGAAGGCCGGCAUCCAGCAGGCAGUCGCGGCUGCUCCCUGGUGGUUACCUGUGAAAGGCGCCAACUGGAGACACCCGGAGGGGCCCAACUCCACCGUCCUGCACAGGCCUGACCACCCGGUUUUGCACGUCUCCUGGAACGAUGCCGCGGCCUACUGUGCAUGGGCGGGGAAGCGCCUGCCCACGGAAGCUGAGUGGGAGUACAGCUGCCGGGGGGGCCUGCGUGACAGACUCUUCCCCUGGGGCAACAAACUGCAGCCGAAGGGCCAGCACUACGCCAACAUCUGGCAGGGCGAGUUUCCUGUGGCCAACACCGCUGAGGACGGCUUCCGAGGCACCGCACCCGUCGAUGCUUUUCCUCCCAAUGGUUACGGUCUGUACAACAUAGUGGGGAACGCCUGGGAGUGGACGUCGGACUGGUGGACCGUCCACCAUUCUGCGGAGGAAGCACUUAACCCUAAAGGGCCCCCGUCUGGGAAUGACCGGGUGAAGAAAGGAGGCUCCUACAUGUGCCACAAGUCCUACUGCUAUAGGUACCGAUGUGCGGCCAGGAGCCAGAACACCCCCGACAGCUCCGCCUCCAACCUGGGGUUCCGCUGCGCUGCCGACCGCCUGCCCGUUGUCAGCUGAGCCCGAGCAGAGCCUUCCCGAGGCCCAGAAGUCGUGUCUUACCAGCACUCGGCUUCCCUUGGCCCAAUGGGCUGCCCGUGUACAGAUGCCCAAGGGGGGUCGUACCUGCCCAACCACCAAAGGAACUGCCUUGCAAGGCCAGAUCACUGACCUGCAUCCCUCAUGUGCUCCGUGGGGUGCAGCGUGUCCAGGGACCAUUGCCAUGUUUCAUUUUGGGGGUCUUUGAAGGAACGGGGUGGAGGGAGCCCAGAGCCAGGCUUUGGGGCUGUGUUCUCUGGGGCUCUGUGCUGGGUUAGACCCUGAGACUGUCCCCAGUUCUCUGAGUCUGUUGGGAGUCUGUUGACUUCACAGGGAGUUUAUGACAGGCUAUUUUGAGCUAUUUUUUCCAUGUGUGACCCUUGCGUAAUUCUAAUCAUGUAAAUAAGAGUUCUCUCUCCUAGGGGCUGCUUUCAGGAAGGAUGGGGGGCCGUGAUGAGUCUAUAGUCACUCGCACUUUGUUUUCCAAGGAAAUGCGUGUCUUUCACGCUGUUACCGUGACUCCCACAGGGUGACGGUGGGCUGAGUUCAGCUUUCUGAACGCGCAGGAUGUCAGGGGGCUCUACUGAGCUUUAUCUUCUAAUGUUAAGUGCCUUGGUUCCGGGGGCAGUCGCAAGCUGUUAAAUCCCAGAUGGAGGGGAGGAGGAGCGGGAGCUGGGCGACUGCGUUCAGGGGCCUGCUUCUGUGAAGGGAAGCGAGGAUCCACCGGCUGAGGGUCAGGUGCCUGAGCCAGCGCGACGUGGAAUAAACUACCUGCCUUCCGCCUUCA